AUAGCCACCCCUGGGCGACUCCUUGAGAUCUUGAGGCAGAAAGCAGUGACACUGGACACAGUGAAGGUCGUGGUGGUUGAUGAGGUGGACACUAUGUUGAAGAUGGGCUUCCAGCAGCAGGUGCUGGAGGUUCUGGAACAAGUCCCAGAAGAGCACCAGACUCUGCUGGCUUCGGCCACUAUCCCAAAGGGGACAGAGGAGCUGGCUGCUCGUCUAGUCCGCGACCCCGUGCGUAUUGUCAUCGGAGAGAAGAACCAGCCCUGUGCAAACGUCAGGCAGAUCCUGCUUUGGGUAGAGGAACCCUCCAAGAAGAAGAAGCUGUUUGAGAUUCUUAAUGACAGUAAGCUGUACCAUCCUCCUGUGGUGGUGUUUGUCGACUGUAAACUGGGGGCCGAUCUGCUGUGCGAGGCUGUCACCAAGGUGAUGGACCUCAAAACAGUGGCAAUCCACUCUGACAAGAGCCAAUGGGAACGUAACCGCAUCCUCAGGGGUCUUCUGGAUGGAGACUUUGAGGUGGUGAUCAGCACCGGAGUGUUGGGAAGAGGACUGGACCUGGUCAACGUCAGAUUGGUGGUGAACUUUGACAUGCCAAACACAAUGGACGAGUAUGUCCAUCAGGUGGGCAGAGCAGGUCGACUGGGACACAGGGGAACCGCCAUUACUUUUCUCAACAACAACAACAAGCGGCUCUUCCUAGAGGUGGUGAACCGGGUCAAACCCACAGGGUCCAUCCUGCCCCCACAGCUCCUAAACUCCCCCUACCUCCACGAGCAGCAGAGGAGGGAAAGACAUAAGAACAAACAGAGGCCUGAGGACACGCUGGUCACUAAGAACAACCUCAUCGACAUCAUCAGGAAACACGACCGGCGCAAGAAGUAACUGUAGAUGGUGCUGUCUAUUUAUUAAAGAAAGGCUAAAUGUUUAUUUUGUAUAUUUUUAUUCGAAAAAAUAAAUUAAAUUUGUAUGUCA